GGGGAUCACCGUCUUCACCACUUCUAAAGGUAGCUGGCAUGAAAGGAAAACUAAACAUAUCAUUUGAGCAAAGUAUAUAGGCAUUUAAGAUAGUCUUUGGACUUGAAAUGAAAUGUGGUCUCGGUUACUGGCUUGGGAAAACGCAACUUGUCUGAGAAUGCACAUUAAGUUUAUAUACAUUGAACUGUUUUAUCUGAGGAAUAGAAACGAUAAUUCAACUAGUUUAUUGUUGAUUUUUUAUUCUUAUCGUAAAGCAAAUUUACAAGAACGUACUUGAUUUACAUAAGCAGUAUCCAGAUGCGAGGAAUACUGAACGAGUAUCAUCGAACCAUGAUUUAUACAUAGGACUGCGAUCCCUCCUCUUUCUUAUUUAAAUCAUCAGCAGUCUUAUUGCUUUCCUACGCACAAACGCAGUAGUUGCUGAACAACCAGGAAAACGCUGACCUGUAAACAAUAUUGACAUUCUCUCUCUUACAAUGACCCAACAACUUUUUCUUUUUUCUUUUUUGUGUUACACACAUUACUAUAAAGUAAUGGAUUGGGCGAAUAGAAGUACCAAUAUGUUUGUUCAUUCAUCUGCAAUAACUUCUACUGCCUUUUCUUCUCCUUAUUUCAUUAUAAACACUUCGUUUCUCCGGAUUUUUCUUGAAAUGCCAUGGUAUUUUUCAGUGUUGGCUUGUUUGGCGCAAACAGGGCCUCCAGUCCUUACAUUUCUGAAUGAAGGCUUCACAUUUAUCUCCGGCCUGUGUGGCUGUUUCGGCAUCACAAGUUAUCAAAGCAUCUUUCCUAAUGGCAUUCCCAGAUGUCAAGAAAUUCCCAGUGUUGAAGUUUCUGGGGAGAAACCAACGCAAACGCUUAAUGAGAUUAAGAAGUUAAUGUUUAAUGAAGAGAAUAACCACGUAAGUAUAAUCGGUUUAUAUGGAAUGGGUGGAGUAGGAAAAACCACUCUUCUGACAGAGCUAAACAAUGAGUUUGUUAAGACUAGCCAUGGAUUUGAUUUAGUAAUUUGGGUGGUGGUUUCUAAGGAUUUGGACUUGAAAAAUAUUCAAGACCAAAUUGGGGAUAAACUGAGUUUAUCAUGGCCAGAAGCAACACAAAUACAUAAGCGAGGUAAAGAUAUAUUCAAAGUGUUAAACAACAAGAAAUUUGUAUUAUUGUUAGAUGAUAUCUGGAAGAGAGUAGAUUUACAAGAAAUUGGAAUUCCAUAUGUUAGAAAUAACACAAAGGAAGUAAAAAACAGGUCAAAGAUUGUCUUCACUACAAGGAUUAAAUCCGUAUGCGAGUCUAUGGGAGCAAGACCAAUUAAAGUAAAAUGUCUAGACGAGGAUGAAGCUUGGAACUUAUUUCACCAAACGGUUUUAGGAGCCUACGAGCCUUGCAGCCGCAGCAACAACACGGCAGAUGAUGAAUCAGGGACUGAGCUGGAUCCAGUUAUACGUGAUCUUGCUAAAGAUAUUGCGAAAGAAUGUCUCGGUUUACCUCUAGCUCUCCUCGCUAUUGGUCGGGCCAUGGCUGGCAAAAAAGAACUUCGACAGUGGGAGUAUGCACUCAGUACUUUACGCGGAUCUGCCAGUAGUUUUCCAGAUAUGGAGGAUGAAGUAUUAUGUAAACUGAAAUUAAGCUACGAUUACUUAAGAAAUGGAAAACUGAAGUCAUGUUUCUUAUAUUGCUCGUUAUACCCAGAAGACUAUCCCAUUAAGAUAGAAGAAUUAAUAGAUGUUUGGAUAGGAGAAGGUUUCUUAAAUGAAGUUUGCGAUCGCCUUGAAGGACGUGAUGUAGUCGAAUGUCUUAAAAAUGCAUGUUUGUUAGAAAGCUGUGUAAUUGAGGAAUAUGGGCUAGUGGAACACGGGGUAAAAAUGCAUGAUGUUAUCCGUGAGUUGGCAAUUUGGGUAGCCUCCUCAGGUCUUGGAGAGAUAAAUGUGAAGGAUUCCAUUCAAGAACAACAAGACCUCCAUAAAUGGGAGUUCGCUGAGCGGAUAUCUCUAACAGGAUCCAAAGCUGUGUCAAAACUAACUGGAGCUCCAAAAUGCAGAAAUCUUUUAACUUUGUUGCUCCGAGGAAGUGAGAUUCGAACUCUGUCUGAUGAAUUUUUUCAAUACAUGCCCCGGCUUAAAGUUUUAAGCAUGCCUCAACAUCUGGAAAUCGACAAUCUCCCAGCAAGUAUUUCUUCAUUGUCUGGACUACACUAUCUCAACUUAGCAAAGACGUCAUUUAGUUCAAAUGCUACUCUGAAACCAGGUACUUUUGAUUCUCUUGUAAGUUUGAAGACGUUGGACUUAUAUUUUUCGAAUCUAAGAAACUGGGAAAAAAAAGGUGGGCCAAGCCUGGAUGAAUUAGAAAGGUUAGAAAAUCUGAAGUCUCUGGGACUCACUAUAGAAAGCGAUGUUGCUCUGAAAAAGUUAGUAACUACUGUCAAAUUGCAAAUGUGCACAAAAAAGUUGAUGGUCGAAAUAGAAAGAGGCAUAUCUUCCAUCUCGCUGUCACCAUCCUCACCACUGUCGCCAACAUCGGUUAGUCUUGCUAACAUGGCUGGUUUAAAGAUACUUCAUCUUCGACAAUGUAGUGGGUUGAGAGAAUUAAGAAUCCCAAGUACAAGUAGUGUUUGUGCGGAGGAUAAAGUUACUUUGUGCACGUCCUUGGAGGUAUUACAUAUUCAACUUGUGGCACAAUUAGACAUAGUGUGUGAUAUGCUUCAACAGUCGUCGUGCUUUGUAAACCUUAAACAUGUAAGAAUCAUGGGUUGUCACGAAUUGAAGGACGUAUCAUGGCUGAUAUAUGCUCAGAAUCUUGAGAUCCUUGAUAUGGGUUAUCAGAAUAUAUUAGAAGAAAUAAUAUCCUACAGGUUUCCAGGGGUAACCGACUGUGAUAUUACCUUUCGAAGACUACAGACGAUGAAACUGUAUGAGUUAGGAAAUCUACAAAGGAUAUGCAAUCAUAAUGUGAAAUUCCCUGUGUUAAAGCAUAUUACAGUGAUGUAUUGUCCGAAAUUGAAGAAGUUGCCGUUUGAUCCCAGGACUUUAAGAAAGAUUGAAGGACAAAAGGAAUGGUGGGAAAGCCUAGUGUGGGAAGAUGAAACCGCCAAAUCUAUUCUUACUCCUUUUUUUGUUAUUAGCAAGGGCUAAUUCUUAUACAACUUGAUCCUGCAAGUGUGAUCAGUUGGAUUGUCGGACAGCCAAACCACCAAAUCACAGGGCCACCCGACUGCUAAACUUUGUGGGCGUUUGGAUAGCUGGAAUGCAGAGAGUCGUGGAGCCACCACGCCAGUCGUGGGCGUUUGCACUCACACUGUGAUUUUUACUCUCAAAUAAUUAAAAGUAUACUUCCUCUUCGUCGUUUUGUGUUAGCACCUCCUUUUGAUCUACUGUUCUCUUCUCGUUUAUCUUGUUCUCUCUUGUAAAAACAAAAGAGACACUUGUUAUGUUCUUACAUAACAGAUCAUGGAUUUGACAAUCAGUGAAGAUGAAAGGAACAAUUAGAUA